CUCAUGUACACAACAAGUGACAUCUUAGGACUGUUUUCAGUUUGUACUAACAGGAUCCUUUAUUCAGACGCAAUUAAAUCAAAGUUUGACCAAGAGAAGCAGCUGAGCGCACAAAAAUGGAGAGGAAGCGAGUUGUGUCAGGUGCGUCCCCGACAGGGAGUCUGGUGAGCGGGUGGUCCUUCCCCUGUCAGCCCGCACAGGUGCUGGUGGUAGAGGCCCUGCCACCCUGGUGGUCCUCCACCAGCAGGGUGCUCUGUGAGGCUCUAGAGAAUGUGCUGUCCCUGGCCUCCAGUCUGGACGGGCCCACAAGAAUCCCCCUGCUCACUGUGUACGCCAUCAGCCAUCAGCAGGAGUGUCUGCUGCCCUUUGUGCCUGUGCGUGGUAACCUGCUCCGGCUGCACUCGUGUGUGGAGGAGCUCCGGUCUCUCUCGGGGGAGGGCUGUGUACGUGGAGCCCACACAGGAGCACUGCUCAUGGGACAGGCUGUGCUGGACAGUCUGCAGCAGUACAAGCAGUACCAGAGACACACCAGCACCACCAGCGGUACCCAGGCAGCCCAGAACAACUGCUCUGUGGAGGUUACCGUGGUGACCAGUCAUCCCGGCCCCUCCACUCUCCGUCAGCUGGAGGUCAGGCUGAGGGAGGCAGACCUGGUGUCCUUGAAGAGACUGCUCCUGGUGCAGAUCCUCCACAGCUCUUCAGAUUGGAGCCAGAGCAAUACCCCCAGUGAGGACACGCCCCAAGAGGCUUCUGAAGACUUGUGCGUGCUGGGAGCAGAGAUUGACCUGCAGCAGGUGGACAACAGUGUGUUUGCCCUGGAGACUGUGCUCAAGAACUGGCUACAUGAGCAGGGAGGAGACCGAGAGCACCUGCACCUGCUGCUGCCCAGCCCCACGGGCACUCCAGUGUGUGUGAAGUGUGACAUGCAGGAGCGCCUCAUUAGCCCCGCCCUCCUCCCCCUGAGCACAAACCUCAGGGUGAAGACAGAAACCACCCGUGACUUCCUCCCUGGCAAGAGCUCAGCCAAUCAGAGCGCAGCCCCUCAGAAACUCAAGGCCAUCAGGGCGCUGCGUGCUGAUGGCCUGUGUGAGAGUCUGCUGUACGGGCUGCCUCUCCUCCUGCGACCCUCCCUCUCCUGGAGCCUGGACUGGGACUACCUGGAGACCAACCACAACCUGUUUCACGCCCUGGGACACGCUCUCAGGAGCCGAGGCCUGUUCCUCCUGCUACAGACUGACUCAUCCCACAAGUCUGCACCUGGAACAGCUACAGGUGUGUUCUCUCACUACGUGCUCCAGCCCUCCCCCUCCCUGUCUCUGCUGCUGAAGCCUGUGGUCUCCAGAGAGCUGCUCCUGCCCUGCUCCAUGGGCCCCAGCAGCAAGGAGCCCUGUCCCGAGGCUCACAGGACAGUGCAGGCGUGUCUCGGUCAGUUGGAGGAGGAGUUUGUGUUCAACCCUCUGCUCCUCAACAGUAACCUGUACCUCCAUCUGCAGAGCCGCCGCCUGCACUCCCACUCCAGAUACCCAUACAAGGCUGCACCUGAAAACCCCAGCCAGCCACUAGAGGGCAGCAAAAGCACAGGCAGCAGACAGCACAGACAGGGCCGACAGUCUGCAGCCAGCAGUAAGGCGAGGGCCAGCGUAGCUCCUCUACACCCCUCCUCCGCCCUGAGAGCAUCCUCCCGUCCCGCUCUCACCCUCCUCAGCAGCGGCAGCCGGGGGCCCGACCGCACGACUCUGGCCCCUUGCGUGAGCUUGAUGACGGACGUGAAUGGAGAGACAGACCUAGACCCAGAUGUGGACAUCCUGUGA